AUGGACCAAGACUCCCACUGCACAGCAGAAAGGGGGCUGCUGGAAGCUGUAAGCAAGAUUACUACCACAAGUCUGUCUGAUGAAGAACAAAAUCAACCCAAAGCUGACAUUUCAUGUCAAGUGAGAAAAGAAAACCCAGAAAAAGAUGACCUGCAAGAUUCCAAUGCAUCCUUAAGUCCCAACUCUUCGAUGACCACUAAGGAGCUUCAGGAAUACUGGAGGAAUGAAAAACGCCAGUGCAGACAAGUCAAACUUGUUUUUGAAAUCCCAUCAGCCAGAAUUGUAGAGCACCACUUAUCUAAAUACGUGAUGUAUAAAAUCAUCAUUUUGCAAACAGGGAGUUUUGACAGCAACAAGUCUGUAAUUGAACGGCGUUAUUCAGAUUUCGAGAAACUGCACAGAAAUCUGCUGGAGGAGUUUAGUGAAGAAAUGGAAGAUGUGGUCUUUCCCAAAAAAUCUCUAACAGGGAACUUCACAGAAGAAAUAAUCAAUGAGAGAAAAUUAGCCUUCAAGGACUACCUGAGACUUCUAUAUUCUAUGAAAUAUAUCCGAAGAUCAAAAAAAUUUAUUGACUUUUUAACAAGGCCAGAGCUCCGGGAAGCAUAUGGUUGCCUGCGGGGUGGCCAGUACACCAAAGCUUUGGAAAUCCUUUUAGAAAUCAUUGGUCUGCAGGAAAGGCUGACGAGAGGCAACCCUGUCUCAAUUGUUCCUACUCUGUGUGCUAUCGUGGUGUGCCACAAGGACCUGGAAAACUCAGCAAGUGCCUUUGAAUACGGAGAAAAAGCUCUGUCACGCCUUUGUGUGCAUACCAGCCACAAGUAUUAUAUUCCAUUGUUAGAAACAAUGAUCACUUUGGCAUAUGAACUUGGCAAGGAUUUUCUGUCUUUGCAAGAAAAACUGGAAGAAUGGAAGGCAAAAAAAGAUCCCAUACGGGUUUUUACCCUGAAAGAACUUGCAGUUCGGGAAUAUGUACAAUGAACGCAAGAAACAAUUUCAUUAAAGAGCAAAGCUGUCAGGUCCUUUUCCUGAAAACAAAUUCUUGAAAGAGUGAAAACUGGAAAUUAUUUGUUUGGCUAACAUAACUUUA